GGAUCUGCAGGGAUGUGGUAAAAAUCAAUACUAUUCCAGUUUUAGGCUUUCGGUGCGGUGCAAGCUUGUUGAAUAGAAAUUAAAACGUAGCUCGGAAGCCUCCGAGGGGGAAAUCACUUGGCAUUUCAUAUAAAUGCUUCAAUGAAUCCUGUGCCGAGCCGCGAAUUCCUCGAGGUCCAUCCUCUCCACCAGCACCAGCCGCACUGCAAGCAACAAUGUUUUGUGUUCACGGAGAUAGCGGACAUCGAGCUGCCCGCGGAGAUAACCAAGUUCGGUGGCGGAACUGAGAAGAUUAGGUGUUCUAAUGGCGGCAUACCCACCUACAGUACUAAGAAGGACUCUUGCAGCGAGUCCUCGGGUGAACGUCCGGAAAGAUCCAGAGGCCGCAAGAUUUUACUAGGCGUGGGUGUGGUGCUCAUCUGUAUCGCCAUGGCCGGCGGGAUACCUCUUGCGCUGCAACUCCGCUCCUCGUCGCUGCUGGAGGCCCGAUUAGCUUUCAUACGCCGUCUGCUGACGGAGUCGCCGCUAAUCGAGGGCUCCUGGAAGCCCCCGAGCACCAUGAAUUUGAACAGCAGCAAUCUGUUUGAGGUGCGGCAAAAUCAUAUAGGGGCUGUUCUCUGGCCUAUAGCCGUGCCGUGCGGAGCGCAGUACCUGGAUGCAGUGCAGCUUACGCUGGAGGGUAUCGACAGGGCCAAGCGCAUUACCGCCGCUAGCGAUCUAAUGCAUAUUGUGGAGUCUGCCGAUGAGAUGGAGCAGACACAUAUCCGUGGAGAAGUCGCCGUUCUAAUGGGCAUUAGUGGGGGUCAUGCUCUGGGCACCAGCACGGCGGUCCUGCGAUCGAUCUAUCUGUUGGGAGCCCGUUUUGUGUCCAUCACCAGCCUGGAGUGCACCACUCCGUGGGCGGCGGCGGCCAUUCGGAGGCCCGACUACCUCGUCGAGGAGAAUGUGACGAAUUCAUUCAACGAAUUCGGACAGACGAUGCUCUUUGAGAUGAACCGUUUGGGAAUGCUGGUGGAAAUUUCGAUGCUUAGUGAGGCUGCCAUGUUGGCCGUCUUGAAAACGGCCAAGGCGCCCGUACUCCUCACGAACGCCACACCGCUUUCCAUGUGCAACAGCACCAAUAUAGCUUCCAUUCCCGACCAUGUGCUAAGCCUGUUGCCCGAAAACGGAGGAGUGAUACUGCUUAACUUGGAGCGCUGCGGCGAUCGGACUUUGGGCGUUCGGGAGGCCAUCACUGCCAUUAACUAUGUGCGCAAGGUGGCCGGUGUGGAUCACAUUGGAUUGGGUGGAGCUCCCAAGAGCUAUGCCCUCCUGCUGGCCGAACUGGCCAGGGAUCGGGUCUGGGGCAAUGCGGCCAUUAAAAAGCUGGUUGGCGGAAAUGUCAUGCGGAUUCUGAGGGAGAUCGAGACCCUAAAGAACCGAUUGCCGCUGUACGAAGAAUGGAUUCCACAUGAGUCUAUCGAGAGCAACUCCUAUUGCCGCUAUCCGGAGUCUUAAGAGCAGCUCCUCCAAUUAGCUCAAUUAGCGUUUGUUCCCACACAUAAUUAUCGAACUAUUUAAUUAAAUUAUUAAAGUACAAA